CGUGGAGCUGCCAUGGCCCGUUUGUGGUUCCCUGGACUCACCCUGAUGACCCUAACCCUCAUCCCUCAAUGGUCCAUGGGUUGUCCCUUUGGAUGUCGCUGCUACAGCCUCACAGUGGAGUGUGGAUCGCUGGGGAUCAAGGAAAUCCCACAGGGUGCCCCCUCCAUCACAGAGACAAUCUUCCUCCAGGACAACGCCAUAGUGCAGAUUCGCCUCCAGGACCUGAAUCGCCUGAGAAGCCUCCAUUAUUUGUACCUGCAGAACAACAGCAUCUCUGCCCUGGAGCCCGGGGCCUUUCUCAACCAGGGCCAGCUGCUGGAGCUGGCCCUCAACGGAAACCUCAUCCACCUGGUCACCCCUGACAUGUUCCAGGGUCUGGAGCACCUCCGCAUCCUCUAUCUUGCCGGCAACCAGAUUACUCGCAUCCAGGACCACACCUUCAGGGGACUGCAGCGCCUGCAGGAACUACACCUGCAGGAAAACAGCAUAGAGCUGCUAGCAGAGCAUGCUCUGUCUGGGCUAUCAUCCCUGGCCCUGCUGGACCUCAGCAGGAAUCACCUCCGCACUCUGGGAGCCUCGUUCCUAAAACCUCUAGUCAGCUUGCAGGUGCUCCGUAUCACGGAGAACCCAUGGCGCUGUGAUUGCGCUCUCGGCUGGCUACGAACAUGGAUCGGCGAAGAUGGACAGCGCCUACUGAGUUCGGCAGAGCAGCGUCGACUGAUGUGUGCUGAACCUCCGCGUCUUUCACCUCAAGCUUGGCAGAGGUGGCGCCUAAACAGUCUGGUGUGUAUUCCGCCUGUGGUGCAGCUCGAGCCCAGCCACUUGACUGUACGACUUGGCGAGAGCCUCCGAGUGUCCUGCCAGGCCUCCGGAUAUCCUCAGCCUCAGGUGACGUGGAAAAAAGCUUCCCAUGGCAAGGCCCAGUUAUCACCUAGAGGUCUUUUCCAAGAGCUGGGACCCAAUGGGGAACUGUACCGUCCAGGGCCAGGCGGAGUGGUAACAGCUCUGCCCAGCAGUGGGGGGAUUAAGGUUGGAAGUGGCGGCGAAAUUCAAGGACUUGUGCGUGGGGCAGAGGAGGGCGGUGAAAGAGAUAGCUUUGACCCAGACAUGGGCAGCGGCAUGUUAUUCCUCAGCAAUGUGACCGUAGCGCAUGCUGGUCGUUAUGAAUGUGAGGCGUGGAACCCAGGUGGUGUGGCUAGGGUUACAUUUCACCUGGCUGUUAACAUGUCUUCUUCCUCUUACUCGUCCCAGCUGUGGCCUCGUUUGAACACACACUCCUAUGUUUCUUCGUCGUCUAGCUCCUUCUAUCAGCCAGAAGUUCUGGAUGUUAGCCAGGAGCCCCUGUAUGAGCAGGAGAGCAUGGACUUCAAUGCUCUGGGUCCAGCCACACAGACUGCCAUCGCUAUUGGAAUCUCCCUUCUGGCUCUCACUGCUGUUCUUCUUCUGAUUAUGAUCUACACUCGUCACCAGCAGUACCAAAAAGAGGACAAUGGCUCCUACUGUACCAGCAAAGAGGAGAGCAUCCUUUACGUGAAUGACUACUCUGAUGGACCAACGACCUUUGCGCAGUUGGAAGAGUACCGUGAUGACCACGGCCAUGAGAUGUAUGUACUCAACCGAACCAAGCCUGUCAUGGGCUCUACUACAUCAAGGUGUCAAAUGAUGAGCGGCUUUGUCCAGCAGAAGGGAAUGAAAGAAGCUCUCCUGGAUCACGAAAUGGUGCAGACACUGACGCGAUCGGCGGGAAUUGGGUUUUGCAGAAACCUAGCAGAAGGUGGAGAAGGGCCGCUAACGGCAGGUCCAGAAGAUCUGCUUCUCAGCCAGAGCCUUCUGUUUGGGUCCCAGGUGGCGUACGAGAUUCACUGCUGAAGGAUAUUUAAU